AUGAACUACCAAAUCCCUCAGAUUCCACAACAACAUGUGGUUAUGUCAAGCCAUUAUCAAGUACCACAACCCCUCCCUCUGAAUGUAAUAGACACUGGUUAUUUGGAGACACGUAUGACGGUGUGUCCUACCCCUUUGAUGGGGAGUGUAUCUGAGUUUGGAAGGAAACGAGUUGCUUCUGGAGAUGUGAUAGAGAAGACUGUGGAAAGGAGGCAAAAGAGAAUGAUUAAGAAUAGGGAAUCUGCUGCACGCUCUCGAGCAAGAAAACGGGCUUACACACAUGAGCUGGAGAACAAAAUCUCACGUUUGGAAGAGGAAAAUGAAAGACUCAGGAGGCAGAGGGAGGUGGAGAAGACAUGUUGGUGGGGUCAUGUAGGGGGAACAAUGGAAGAGGAUACACUGAAAUCUCAUUUUGAAACAACAUUACAGAAGGACACAAAAUGA